AUUUUCUUAGCAUACUUCUAGCAUUAAUGAGUUAUCGAUAUAUCGAUAAGUCUAUUGCAUCUCUUGGCUUGAUAGACAAUUCAAAGUUUUUGUUGUUGCGCAAAUUCAAAUUGCGGUAAAAUUGUUUAACAAUUGGCAGCAAAAUACAAGUUAUAAAUGACUACACCUGCACCACGCCGCGUUAGAGAUUUGUUGGCAUUUUACUCGGAUUCGGAAGAUGAAGGCAGCACAGCGCCCUGCAAGCCAACGGACGCGCAUCCAAUUGGCGACAGGAAACCGCAAGCUAUUAACAAUGCGGACAAGGAGAAUGUGUCACAAGAGCCAAAGACAAAUUUCAAUGCGGCAACACCCAGCUUCAAUAUGCUGCCUAGAAGACGUUCUGAGAUGGUCAUGAUGGACUCGGAUAGCGAUGAUGAAGAUCACAAUCUCAACUGCGCCAUUCUCAACGACUCCUUUGUACUCAGUCCAGUGCAAGAGCUGACGGGCAGCACAACCAGUGAACCUUUGAUUGCUGGCGUUCCAUUGAAGCCGAAUGACUCCAAUCUGUCGUUUUUGGGACGCUUUGGAAACAUGGGCAUCGACUGUAGUGCCACUACCAACAAAUCGCCAAAGCAGGCACAACAUUUCCCCGUUAAGAAACCUCCACCACGAUCGAUGCACAUCAUUUCCGAGCAUCGCAAGGCGUUGGACAGCCAAACACCACUGAGAACCGCUCCAGCAGCAGCUGCGGCCAAGUCGCAAGCGAAGCCCGAGGUGGAGUUUGUGACGCCACAGGUGGGCAGCAUUAGCUCACGUCGAACCGCACAAAAGACGCGCAACGAGCAGCUGGACAAUGAGUUUCGCUUCCAAAAAGUGCUCUUCCAGACGCCCAUGACCGUCAGUCGCAAUGCGCCCUUUGCCAGCGAUAGUCUGACCUUCUCUCUGUGUGACACCAUCAGUGAGAGUCCUGAGACACCGGCUGCUCCUCCAGUGCAGCUCAAAGAGAUGCCGCCAAGCGGAAAAUCAAAAAAGUCACUUGAAGGCGCCUUUGGUCAAGCGGAGCAGCUGAAAACCACACUUCCAGAACUACCACUGCCCAUUGCCACAGCAACUGAUAAGCCAGAUAAUGCUGCCAAAGCCAACUCGAAUGUACUGAAAAUCAAACAACACGCCUAUCAGAUGGUCAAAAAACUGGGCAGCGGUGGCUCCAGUUCCGUUUACUUGGCGCGUCGCCAGGAUAAUGGUAAGGAGUUUGCCUUGAAGGUGGUUGAUCUUCAAGCCGAUCCUCUCGUGGUGCAGGGGUAUCUCAAUGAGACGAAGCUGCUGGAGAAACUGCAGGGCAACAUUUGCGUUGUCUCGCUCUACGAUUAUGAACUGUUGCGUGCCGAGUCCAAGCUGUACCUGGUGAUGGAGAAGGGCGAUUGUGAUUUGAACAAGAUACUCCAGGGAUUCACCACCAAUUUGCCACUGUACAAUCUGAUGAAUAUACUCUAUCAAAUGCUACAGGCCGUCAACUAUAUACAUCAGCAUGGCGUUAUACAUUCCGAUCUGAAGCCAGCCAACUUUCUCAUGGCCAAUGGCAGGCUCAAGCUGAUUGACUUUGGUAUUGCCAGCAACAUUGCGGUGGACUCGACAAGCAUCAUCAAAUUCUCGCAGGCUGGCACGUUCAACUACAUCAGUCCCGAGGCCUUGACCGACAUCUCUAGUGGCACCAGUCCCAUGCGUGGUGGCAAUCAGCCGAAGAUUAAGAUCUCCACGAAGUCGGAUGUGUGGUCGCUGGGCUGCAUCUUGUAUCUGCUGCUGUAUCAGAAGACGCCCUUUGGCCACAUACGCAACAUCAACGCGAAGAUGAACGCAAUUGCGAAUCCGAGCAGCAGCAUCGAGUAUCCUGCGCUGCCCAUUUAUUAUCCUCUGAUGCUAGUCCACAUGGUCAAGAACUGUUUGCAACUGAAUCCCAAGAAGCGGCCUUCGUGCGUGGAGCUGUUGCAGUAUCCUUUCCACAUGGUCAUUCCCCUACAGAAUCUUCAGCUGGCGGCCAAGCGUUGAUGCCACAUCCACAUUUAAGCUAUGUCAUAUUCGUACAAUUAUUUAUGCACAAAAGAAAUGAUUUAAAUAUAAGAAAUGCACUGGAGUUUUGUCAUAUGUGUGUGUGUAUUUAAUUCUCGUUUUUAGCAUAAAUUAUACAUCAUAAAUUGUUAUAAUGCGUUAAUGCUAGGGCGUGUAGUGUUUCAUUUUGUUUAUUAUUAUUUAUUUAUAACAACGCGCUGUCCCUUUGCGACUUUUGUUUCCAUUUAUCCCUCUCUUUCUGUGUGUUCAUCAAUUUGUUUGUUUGCCUAAUUUAAUUCUUGCGCUUUAGUUGUUUAAUUAACGCAACAUUAAUUACUAAUUCGCUUUUCAUCUCCUCAUUACGUUAUAUGUUGUUGCUUUUACCCCAUCUUCAUCAACUGCGCUUGUUUUUUGUUUCAUUUACUUAUCAAUUAGAUUUAAGUUCUUUAUUUACUUUUUGUUAAUGCUUUUCAUUUUAUAUGUAUAUAAAAAUAGUUGGUUUUUUGUUUGUUUUUGUUUUAUUUUAUUUAUCAUACGCUUAAUUAAAUGUUGCUGUUGUCGGCUAACCAUUUGCUCUACUAACAUAUUCUAUUGCUGCGGCUACUUUCUCGAAAUACUUUUUACUUUUUUGCGCUCUCGCUCUCUCUCACUUUACACAGAACUGAACAAUUGAACAAACAAAAAACAUAAAAAAUAAACAAAAAUCUCGAUGCACAAUUACAAUUACUACUGGUUUCACUUUCACUUUCGGCUCCUCUUCCAUCUGACAAUUGAAUCUCUUUACAAUUUGAUUGGUUGUUGUUUGGCCUUUUGAAAUUCGCCAAAGAAUUUCAAUUUCGGUUUGCUUAACUUAAGUAAAACAUGUACAAACAAUGGAAAACAAAAUAGUAAAGAAACAGGAAAACAAUUAAUAGGUUAGCGCGCACUUUUGACGUGGUUUUUAAAUGCAGGUUAAACACAAAGAAUAUAGCAUAAUAUUGUAUGUGUAUAUAAAUUAAAUUAAACUGUGUUUCUAAACUGUCUCUAGAUGUGGUAUGUGGCAUGUGCAACAGCAGCAGCAAUGUGUGGUUGUGGAUUUAGAAUAAUUCAUUUAC